AUGGCUUGUGUCUCGACAUGCUUACUCAUCUCCCCUAAGCUAACUCAAUCAGAGUUCUCAUCAAAAAAGUCUUUACUUCCCCUCAGAUCUCCCGUAAAGCUAACGGAGAGGUUCCCGAGCAGUCGCCGGAAGUUCAAAAGCCAUGGAAUCACGGUGGUGAAGGCAGCGAGUAUUGAUAAGUUUAGCAACGCAAUCAGACCGGGAGGAUUGGUGGAGAGCGACAAGAUACCUACGGAUGUCAGGAAACGAGCUAUGGAAGCUGUGGACGAGUGUGGUCGGAGAGUCACUGUUGGUGACGUGGCGAGUAGAGCUGGUUUGAAUGUUAGUGAAGCUCAGAAAGCUCUUCAAGCUCUCGCUGCUGACACUGAUGGGUUUCUUGAGGUUUCGGAUGAAGGUGAUGUGCUUUAUGUUUUCCCAAGGGAGUAUCGGUCUAAGUUAGCUACUAAGUCGUUAAGGGUACAGAUUGAACCGUUUCUUGAGAAGGCAAAGGGUGCUGCAGACUAUUUAACUCGUGUUUCAUUUGGCACUGCGCUUAUUGCGUCUAUUGUUAUUGUCUACACGACUAUUAUAGUCUUGAUUUCAAGCAGAAGUGAGGAUGAUAAUCGUCAGAGAAGACGUGGGCGUGGAUAUGAUUCUGGAUUCAAUUUUUAUAUCAAUCCUAUCGAUCUAUUUUGGUAUUGGGAUCCCAACUAUUACAGAAGGCGGCGAGCUCGAGAAGAUGAAGGAAAGGAAAUGAAUUUCAUUGAAUCUGUUUUCUCCUUUGUAUUUGGAGAUGGAGACCCAAACCAAGGAAUAGAAGAAGAGAGGUGGCAGAUGAUUGGGCGGUAUAUAACUGAUAGAGGAGGUGUUGUUGCAGCUGACGAACUUGCUCCAUACCUUGAUGUGUCAUCGUCCAAGAGUGCCGCGAGCGAUGAAUCCUACAUUCUUCCUGUUCUUCUACGGUUUGAUGGUCAACCUGAGUUGGAUGAUGAGGGAAAUAUUCUGUAUCGGUUUCCAUCCCUGCAACGCUCAGCUUCCGGAUCUAGUAGAAGAAAGGAAUACGUGGGGAAAUGGUUUGACUUUGUUGCAGAUAUGGACAAGUUCUUCAAGGAGAAAAAAUGGCAAUUCAGUAAAACUAGUUCAUCCGAGAGAGCAUUGGUCAUUGGCCUAGGUGCGGUUAAUCUCUUUGGUGUCGUUGUUCUAAACUCCUUGCUAAAGGAGAUGGCUGUCACACCAAGUGGGUUCCUUACAUUUGUUAAGAACAUUUAUCCACUGCUUCAGGUAUAUGCAGGUUCAUUCUUUGCCAUCCCUUUGGUUCGGUGGUUUUCAGUCAAGAGAAAGAAUGACCAGAUAGAGAAUAGAAACAAAGCUCGGCUACAAUUUGCACGAGCACUUGAAUCUCCUGAUAUCUCUCUACGGCGUAAGUUACUAAGUGCAAGGGAUAUGGCUCAAAAUACAGUGAUAGGGAAGGAGAGGAUCGUGUAUACUACAGAUAAAGAUAUGAUUGAACAAGACUAUGAGGCAGAGGAAUGGGACAAACGAUUCCGAGAGGUGGAAAAAUCAGAUUAAAAAAAAAAGUGAAAUCAGGGACUUGUGACAGCAACUCACACUUGAUCCGGCAACACAGAACUGUCUCAAUAACUUACUUGGAUACUCAUCAAGUUGCUGCGGAUGAAAGAAGCCAUGGUACAUACUAUAUACAGACAUUGUUUGAGACAGAGGAAGUCUUUGGUUUUCUUAAGUCUCUAAAGUUAAAAAGAACUAACACAACCAUACCUGCACGCUUGGUCAUGUACUCUUGGUUUAUAUGUUAUGCAUUCAAGAGAUCCUUAGAAUAUGCGUGGUGACCAAAUCCACCGUCUCUUAUGUACAUAUGUAUAUGGAUAUACAAAAGUCCAUUUUCUUACUAUGAGAAUAAUAUGCAUUAUGAUUCUCUUUGUAUUCAUUGUCUUAUUCUAUGCUAUUGAAGU